UCAUGAAUAGACUUUAAUUUACAUUCGUAGUGCGUGUGUGGUGUGUAUGUUUAUAUGGGCAGAUUCCAGAAAUCAGAAAUGGCCAGAAAUGGCGUCCGAUAGACGAGGUACUCAGUUGAAACGGAACGUGGUUGAUACUGGGAGCGACUCGGAUAAUGAAACAGAAAGGAAUGCAAAGCAUGUGAAAAUGAAAUCAGAGGCACCACGACUGUGUCCGUACUUGGAUACGAUUAAUCGGCACGUUUUGGAUUUUGAUUUUGAAAAAUUAUGCUCCGUAUCACUGUCCAGGAUCAAUGUAUACGCUUGUCUGGUUUGCGGCAAAUACUUCCAAGGCAGGGGAACUAAUACCCACGCUUACACACAUAGCGUGGCAGAGAGUCAUCAUGUCUUUCUUAAUUUACACACACUCAAAUUUUAUUGUUUACCAGAUAAUUACGAGAUAGUGGAUUCGUCCUUGGAUGAUAUCAAAUAUGUAUUAAAUCCAACCUUCGACAAAAUGCAAAUAGCCCACGUAGACAAGAGCGAUAAACAGUCUAGAGCAAUCGACGGCUCUAUGUAUUCGCCGGGAAUAGUAGGCAUGAAUAACAUAAAAGCGAAUGAUUACUGCAACGUCAUUUUACAAGCGCUUUCGCACGUGACACCUCUGAGAGAUUUCUUUUUACGAGAGUCCAACUAUUUCCAUGUAAGGAGACCACCUGGUGAUUCGUCGUAUCUUUUGGUACAAAGGUUUGGAGAGCUUAUGCGCAAAUUAUGGAACCCACGUAAUUUCAAAGCGCACGUAAGUCCUCAUGAAAUGCUGCAAGCGGUAGUUUUGUGGAGUAAAAAAAGAUUUCAGUUCACGGAGCAAGGCGAUCCGGUGGAUUUUUUAUCAUGGUUCCUAAAUGCUCUCCAUCUGGCGUUAAACGGUACAAAGAAGCGUGCGUCUAGCAUAAUAUAUAAAACAUUUUUGGGUCAUAUGCGGAUAUAUACGCGGAAGAUUCCGCCGUUGGAAUUAGAAGAGAGCCAAAGAAGCGAAUUAUUGAACACGGUGGAGUAUGGCGAGACUGUGACGGAAAGUCCAUUUUUAUAUCUCACUUGCGAUCUUCCGCCACCUCCAUUAUUUAAAGAUCAAUUUACGGAGAAUAUUAUUCCACAGGUAAAUCUGUACACGCUUUUGAACAAAUUUAACGCCGUCACUGAGAAAGAAUAUAAAACUUACAAGGAAAAUUUCAUGAAAAGAUUUGAGAUUACCGAGCUGCCACCAUAUCUCAUACUUUACAUAAAAAGAUUCACAAAAAAUACAUUUUUUGUUGAAAAGAAUCCAACAAUUGUGAAUUUUCCCGUUAAAAAUGUCGAUUUCGGAGAUAUUUUAACACCGGAAGUAAAAGCCAAGCAUCCAUAUACAACGUACGAUCUAGUAGCCAAUAUAGUACACGAUGGUGAACCUGGUCAAGGAACGUAUAGAGUCCAUAUUUUGCAUAGAGCCACUGGUCAAUGGUACGAAUUGCAAGAUUUGCACGUCACUCAAAUUUUGCCCCAAAUGAUCACUCUUACCGAAGCAUAUAUACAGAUUUAUGAAUUAAAGAAAGACGCGCACAUGGAAAACGGAGAUAAUAAAAAUAAAAAAACUAUGUGAUACGCUUAAAGUUCGAAAAUAUGAAAAUAAAAAUUUACAUUUUAUCUA